AUUGGAUCGAUGCAUCAAAUGUAUCUUUUCCACAAACCUCACAGGCCAUUUCUCUUUUUUCUUUUUCUUUUUCUUUUCUUGCCAUGUGAGCACCCCCUCUUUUCUUCUUUUCUUUUCUUUCCUCACCAACUCAUUCCACAUUCUCUCUCCUGUAAACGACUGCAAAUUCUCAUCUUUGUCCAUUUCAACCUUAACUUACAUCACAUCGAUUAGUCAUGGAAGAGGCCAAGAGGAUGGGACUGGACAUUGAGCCAGACCCAGAAACCAAUAGUAAUGCACCACGAGACCAUCGAGCUGAAACAAGAGCUCAGUACUUGUACGACAAUAAUGAUCCAGAAGACUGGGGCUCAACUGCAUCUGAAUCUGAAGAAUCCGAAUCCGAAUUACGAUUCACACGCCCAAAAGAUGACUAUAACAAUAACGAUGAUCUUGAAACAGGAGGACUCACAGACGGAGAAAUCGAUCGAAUAGAUGGCAAGACUUCAAGCCGUAUCGGAUCGUCAGCAAGAACAGGUGGUAAAGGAGGAGCAGGAGUAGGAGCAGGCGCCAAUAAAUACCCAGAACGCGAUACUGGUGCCAAUACAGGACCUAAAGGAGUUAUCGCGGACCAAAAAUACCACCAUCAACAACAGUUGCAGAAACGACUUUCGUCUCAACAGAGUUAUAAUGCGCGGAUGUUGUCCAAGGCACCAAUGACAACAACGUAUCGUCAGGACAAAGAACGAGAACGACAAGAAAAGAAGGCACAGGGACUAUUGGAUGAAGACGAAGAGGAUGAGGACGAAAAGGCAUUACGAGAACUAGAAGAAGAGGAUCAAGAUGAGAAAGCCGUUCUGGAAAGGAUUCGAGGGAGUCGGCUUCAGGACAUGAGCUGGGCUGCAAAAGCCGACAAGUCAGGGACUGGAGCUAGUUCAGUUAGGAAGAAGAGAGUCUUUGGAUCGUUGAUGGAGAUGAAUGCAGCGCAAUAUGUGAAUGCGAUUGACAUGGAAAGCAAAGAUGUCACAGUUGUCAUUCAUAUUUACAGCGAGUAUAAUCCUGCAUGCAAAAAACUGGAUGGAUGCCUGAUUCAGUUGGCAGCACGGUAUGCGACGACGAAAUUUAUAAGGAUUAAGGCGCGUGAAGUUGAUUUUGACGAGGAAGUCUCUCCGACAGUUCUUGCCUACCGAGCAGGUGAUUUGAUCGCCAACUUGGUUAUGAUCACUCAUGAGCUCAGCGAGGAUUUUGAUGAUAGUGAACUCGAAGAUCUUUUUACAAAAUACAAGAUCUUUUCUCCACAUGAUCAAUAUCAACGAGAGAGUUCAUUCUUUGAGUCAUCAUUGGAUUCACCAGUUUUUUCAAUGUCAUCCAUGUCAUCACAGUUUGAGGAUCUGAAUAUGAUGUCGAAGUUAAGCUCGGGAUCAGGAAAUGAAAGUCGACGUGGUAUUCUGAGUGGGGAUAUAAAAGAAUAUGGAUACAAGGCCUAUGAAGCCAGGGAUAGUGAUGAAGACGAUGCCUAUACUCAUAGAGUAUGAAAGGCCAGCAACGAAUAGGCAGUGGACUAUUUCUUCUCUUCACUUGUUUUGUAACAAAAAAGAAAAAGAAAAAAAGAAAAAGUAAUAAAUAAUAUUCAUUUUUGUAAUACAAG